CACGUGGUCCAUGGUAAUCAUAUAGCCGGACAAAACAAGUCAAUGGCCGAACAAAUAGCAGAUAAGUGGACCGCAAACGGUGUACCGGCCUCGUUGGCAGAGUACCAAGUCUUUCUCAGCUAUCCAAAAGAGCACAAGUUGGUAUUGAAUCUAGCGAAUGGGAGCAGAUAUACAGCGCAGAUAUAUGAGGACGUACUGGAAGAAGAUGAAACAACGGGAUAUCCCGGGGCACCGCCUGCAUUUCAUGGGUAUUCGAAGAGUGGGGAAGUGAAUGCGGAGUAUGUUUAUGCUGGGCGGGGCCACAAGGACGAUUUCGUAGCACUCAAAGCAGCAAAUGUGACUUUAAAGGGGAAGAUUGCACUCACAAAGUAUGGUGGUCCAUUCCGUGGUAUGAAAGUUCAGAAUGCUGAAGCACACGACAUGAUCGGCGUCGUCAUCUUCAGUGAUCCUGGAGACGACGGGCCCCAAGAGGCCAAAGGCCAAGCCGCAUAUCCUAAGGGCCCUGCCCGUCAGCCAUCCUCAGUUCAACGAGGGUCAGUCGCUUACAUCAAUCAGUACCCAGGUGAUCCCACAACUCCCGGCCGGCCUUCCAAACCUGGAGUCGAGCGUGUCAGCAAACCCUCAAACCUACCCAAAAUUCCAUCCCUUCCCAUCUCCUACCGUGACGCCAUUCCUAUUCUACAAGCUCUGGACGGGCACGGCUUGGUUGGUAAGACACUCAAUAGGGAUGGAUGGGUCGGCGGGCUCAACGCGACCUAUAGCACUGGGCCUGCACCAGGUGCGACACUAUCUCUCAAGAAUCUCAUGGAGGAGAAGAUUACGCCAAUUUGGAACGUUAUUGGCAUUAUCAACGGCACGAAUGCGGAUGAGACGAUUAUCAUCGGAAACCAUCGAGAUGCAUGGAUAAUUGGUGGGGCAGCAGAUCCGAACUCGGGGAGCGCGAUUUUAGUAGAGAUGACCAAGGUUUUCGGUGAGAUGCUGAAGAUGGGGUGGAAACCGCGUCGAAACAUUGUGUUUGCCUCUUGGGAUGCCGAGGAAUAUGCACUUAUAGGCUCAACAGAAUGGGUCGAAGACUAUGCACCGUGGCUUUCCGACACAGCUAUCAGCUACCUAAACGUUGACAUCGCCGUUUCAGGACCUCUUCCCGGCGCUGGCUCAACACCCGAGCUCCGCGAAUUCGCGCAAGAAGUGAUGAAGAAAGUCAUAUACGGCAAGCGAACACUAUACGACGCAUGGUACGAUUUGAACCAAUUCCGCCCCGAAGACAAUGGCUUCACACACUUGGGAAGCGGAAGUGACUACACCGCAUUCCUACAGCUCGGGAUCGGCGCCCUCGAUUUUGGCAUGGACGCGGCCGGCAACACGCCUGUCUACCAUUACCUCAGCAACUACGACUCUUACUACUGGAUGAAAACAUUCAUCGACCCCGACUUCUCUAUCCAUGCCACAACAGGGCAAUAUCUAGCUCUCCUUGCUUACCACCUCGCUCACGACUCGCUGAUCCCAUUCGAUAUGGAUGCGUACGCAAGAAACAUCAACUACAUGGUACGCGACCUCAUCAGUAUCACACCAAGUAUCGAUCCCGACUACGAAAAAAUACAACAAAUGAUCAACGUAAGCGAAUUAGACAAUGCGGCGAAGAAUUUCCAGCGCGUAGCGUAUGACUUCGUGGAUCUGACGAGUUCGAAACCAUUCCUGGAUGAUAGUAAGCGCGUGAAGAAGGCAAAUGGGAUUUUAAGGGACGUGCAGAGGUUGUUCGUUAGGCGGGAGGGGUUGCCGGGUAGGCCUUUCUAUAAGAAUGGGCUUUAUGCGCCGAAUAGGGAUGAUGGGUACAAAGCCCAGACUCUCCCAGGAAGCGUCGAAGCGCUACAGGAUAGGAACUUUGAGCUAUGUCGGGAGUGGAAUUUGUGGUUGGCGGACGCGAUCAAUAAAGCAUCGGAAAUGCUGGCGCUGUCAUGAGCGUUUGUUAAGGGUGAUAGUACAGCGCUAUAUUAGGGCGAGUGCAAAGAUUUUCCAUCGAUGAGACAUCAGUGCUGCAUGUCACCAGUGUUCUAGCACGUAGGCUCUCAUCUGAAUGCUAUAUGCC